AUGAUGACGACGAUGCGCUCCAAAUCGAGCACUCUCAUGCUCUUCUUCUUCUUCUUCUGUGCCAUCUUGCCUUGUGUCGCGGCCAAUCCCCUCCAAUCUCUGUUGGAUGUCUGGACCAACAUGACGACCGUCGAACGAACCGUCUUUUGCAUCCUUGCCUUUUUCAUCUUUGCCGGAUUCACGGGUCUGGAUGGAGGAAAACCCGUCAAGGCAGCAAGGGUCAAACUAGAAGAUGCUUCGUCCAAAGACAAUCCACGCGUCUUUUUUGAUAUUACCAUUGAUGGCGCCAAAACGGGAACCAUCACCAUGGAACUAUUUGCCAAUAUUGUCCCCAAAACGGCAGACAAUUUCAAGUGUCUCUGCACUGGAGAGAAAGGAAUGGGCAAAGCAGGAAAACCACUCCAUUACAAGGGAAGCGUCUUUCAUAGAGUCAUUCCGUCUUUCAUGUGUCAGGGUGGCGACUUUACCCGCGGCAAUGGAACCGGUGGAGAAUCCAUUUAUGGAGAUCGCUUUGCGGAUGAAUGGGUAAAUGGAUUCAUUCCACACUCCGAACCAGGAUUGCUUUCCAGUGCCAAUUGUGGAAAGGAUACCAAUGGAUCACAGUUCUUCUUGACCACCGCAAAGACUCCCUGGUUGAACCUCAAACAUGUCGUCUUUGGGAGAGUCGAAGAUGGAAUGGACGUGGUACAGAAAAUUGAAGCGGUGGGAUCCGGCAGUGGAACUACUUCGGCCAAGGUCGUCAUUGCCGAUUGUGGACUCGUCAAGAACAAGAUAGGUGGUUUCACUCUCUCUACAAACAGCAAUAAAAAAGAGUAG